AUGGCCUCCCCCCACGUCUCCGUCCUGAACCUGCACGGCCGGCAGGGGAGAUGGCGAGAGCUGGCCGCCCAUUACCGACUCCUGCUCCUCGACGGCGCCUUCCGCCCCGACACCUUCGUCUUCCCCGUCCUCCUCCGGCACUGCCCCGAUAUCUACCUCGGAGAGGCCGUCCAUGCCGACGCCGCCAAGCGCGGCCUGGCCGGCGGCGCCGACCCCUUCGUCUCAGCGGCCCUCGUCGAGAUGUACUGCCGCUGCGCCGGUGCCCUUUCCGGCGCUGCGCGGCAGGCGUUCGACGAAAUCCCCACGCCGGCGACGGUCACCUGGAACGCCGCCAUUUCGAGCUUCUUCCGCGCAGGCCGUUGCGACUGCGCGCGGUCGCUCUUCGACCGCAUGCCCUGCCGGAACGGCGUCACCUGGUCGGCUGUCGUCGCCGGCUACACCCAGAACGGCCAGGGAAGGGAAGCUCUGCUCGUCUUCAAGAAAAUGGUGGAAGAACUGGGCUCGGCGAGAUCCUCCGGCCCCACCCCCCACAGCGUCGCCGGCGUCCUUUCCGCCUGCGUGCACCUGUGGGACGUCAGCUUCGCCAUGCAGGUGCACGGCUACGCCGCGAAGGUCAGCCGGUACGUCGAGGACGACGACUUCGUCGGCAGCGUCCUCCUCGACGCGUACGGCAAAUGCGGCCGUGUCGCGAUGGCCAGGCAGGUGUUCGACUCGAUGUCGCACAAGAAUGUCGUCGCAUGGUCCUCGUUAAUGGCGAGCUUCGUCCGGGAGGACAACCCCUCGGAGGCGAUGGGUCUCUUCAGAGAGAUGAUAUGGGCCGGCGCCGCCCCGAACGAGGUUACGCUGACAACUGCACUCUCUGCGUGCGCCCACCUGCCCAGCAUGACCGCCGGGAAGGAGCUCCAUGCCUAUCUGUUUCGCCGGAGAGGGGAGAACCCAGACAUCUUCGUCUCGUCUGCCCUAAUCUUCAUGUACGGCAAGUGCCGGGCUCUGGACUGCGCUCGCUCCGUCUUCGAGAAAGACAGGGACCUCUUAUGCCGUAGUGUGACCCCUCUGUGGAACACCAUGGUCUCCGGGUACGUAGCAAACGGCCGUGCCGACGAUGCCUGGCUGAUGAUCCGGUCCAUGUGCCGGCUGUCGAGCGGCGGCGCCGCGCCCAACUCCAUCACGCUGGCCAUCAUCCUCCCCCUCUGCGCCACCUCCAGCCUGCUGCCGCUCGGGAAGGAGACCCACUGCUACGCGGUGAGGAACGGCUUCGACAGGGAGUUGCUGGUGGGGAACAGCCUGCUGGAUAUGUACUGCAAGUGUGGCGAGAUAAGCUCCGCCAGGAGCCAGUUUGAGCUCAUGCCGGAGAAGAACAGGAUCUCCUGGACGACCCUGAUCGACGGGUACGGGAUGCACGGCGGCGCCGCCGAGGCCAUUAGCCUCUUCCAGAGGAUGGUGGCGGAGCAGAGGGUGAACCCGGACCCCAUCACCUUCGUGGCGCUCAUCUCGGCGUGUAGCCACUGCGGGCUGGUCGAGGAGGGUCUCCGGUUCUUCAAGGAGAUGAAGGAGAGCCAUGGCGUGCUGCCGACUGCGCAGGUCUGCGCAUCCAUGGUGGACCUUCUCGCCCGAGCAGGGCGCAUCGAGGAGGCGAAGGAAUUCAUGUCGACGAUGCCUGCAACCCCUGGCGCGAGCGCCUGGGGCGCCCUGCUCGGCGCUUGCAGAAUUCACGGAGAAGUUGCAGACGCAGAGUCCACGCUUCAGCAUCUGCUCGCGCUGGAGCCGGAGGGGACGGGGUUUCGCACCCUCCUGUCGAAUAUCUACGCAGAGAGAGGGAUGCUGGACCAGGUCGCCAAGCUGAGGACGGCCAUGGCGGGUGAAGGCGUCGUGAAGAAGAGGGGUUACAGCUGGGUGGAGACCAGGAACACGUCCUUUUAG